AUGAUUUUUGCCAUUGAAGAAAUAAACCAGAAUGAGAAUCUCCUCCCCGGAAUCACACUGGGGUAUCAGAUCCACGAUGACUGUGCGUCCUCCACGAUCGCCUCAAAAGCAGCACUCGAUUUGAUCAAUGGAAAAGAAGAAUUAAUUGAAUAUCCUGAAUGUACCGGUUCUUCCAACGUCGCUGCAAUUGUUGGCUGCGGUCCAUCUACAAAUUCCAUCGUAACUGCAAGAGCAAUUGGAUCCUUCGGAAUCCCGCUGGUUAGUUACUAUUCCACCUGCUCCUGCCUCAGUGAUAAGAAAGAAUACCCAACGUUUUUUAGAACUAUUCCCAGUGAUCAGUACCAGUCCAAAAUUCUCGCUGAGCUGGUGAGAACCUUUGGCUGGACCUGGAUUGGAACAAUUAGAAGUAACACCGAUUACGGUAAUUUUGGAAUGCAAGGAUUUAUGGAAUAUGUGGAAAAGUUCGGGAUCUGUAUUGCCUAUUCGGAGUCAUUUUACAGGACCGAUCCGGCACAGAAAAUCAGUAACGUAGUCCAGGUGAUUAAAGAGGCGUCUACUAAAGUGGUGGUGGCCUUUGUUGACGGUGGUGAUAUGCAAAUUUUAUUGAAUGAGGUUUGGCGACAAAAUGUAACUGGUAUACAAUGGAUCGGAAGUGAGUCAUGGGUAACAAAGAAAUUUCUGCCGCCUGAACAAAGAGCAAUUUAUCUCACUGGGACAAUUGGUCCGGCCACCCGAAGGAUGGAGAUAGAUGAUCUCAGAGAUUAUCUUCAUAAUGUACAUCCUUCCAACUUUCCUGGUAAUAUUUUGGUGACGGAGUUUUGGGAAAAUUUAUUCACCUGCUCUUUUACUACAGACAACGGGACAAACACGGUCAUCUCUCCAUCUCAAGUUCAUCAAUGCACCGGGAAGGAGCAGAUGGCAGGGAUAGAAAAUGACUACCUUCCGGCAAUAAUGGACGGAAGUUCAUUCCACGUGUAUGCAGCGGUCUACUCCAUCGCUCACGCACUCCACAAUUUGCUAACCUGUGCAGAAGGCGACGGACCCUUUAUCAAUAAUACAUGCGCACAUAUUGCAAAUUUCGAGUCAUGGCAGUUGAUGCACUACCUCCGCACCGUGAAUUUCACAGCAAAGACGGGAGACACCAUAUAUUUUGAUGAAAACGGAGACCCGGUUCCAAGAUAUGAAUUUGUGAACUUGCAAAAGAAUUUUAAAGGGGGCGUUGACAUUGUAAACGUCGGAUACUACGACGGGUCGGCAAUCCCAGGACGCGAACUAAGGAUGAAUUUCAGAGAUAUCAUGUGGAGUACGACCGGAAAUACGAUCCCAAAAGCAAUUUGUUCAGAGCCCUGUCUUCCAGGAACAAGAAAGGUCAGUCGUAAAGGGCAGCCGCUAUGUUGUUUUGACUGUGCAGAGUGCGCUGAUGGUGAGAUCAGCAACGCCACUGAUUCUACGGACUGCAUCAAGUGUACCUCGGACUACUGGUCCAAUCCGGCAAAAACACAAUGUGUUCUCAAGAAAGUUGAGUUUCUUUCCUUUCAAGAAGUUUUGGGUUUUGUACUAGUCAUGCUUGCUCUGAUGGGUAUGAGUUUUACAUUGGCCAUCACUAUGAUUUUCUACCGGUAUCGGGAAACUCCAAUGGUCAAAGCGAACAAUUCCGAACUCAGUUUCCUGCUCCUAUUUGCUCUCCUGCUUUGCUUUAUUUUGUCACUUGUCUUCAUUGGAGAACCAUCCGACUGGUCAUGCAUGCUGCGCCGCACUUCUUUCGGUGUUGUAUUCGUCCUUUGCAUUUCCUGCAUUUUGAGCAAAACCAUACUUGUCGUAGUUGCCUUUAAAUCAACUCUUCCCAAUAGCAGUGCGAUGAAGUGGUUCGGACCGAUGCAGCAACGUUUGGGUGUCUUCAGUCUUACUUUUGUGCAAUGUUUAGUGUGCGUUGCCUGGCUGGGUGUCUCACCGCCCUACCCACUGAAAAACAUGAGUCAUUACAGAGACAUCAUUAUUCUGGAAUGUAACAUGGGCUCAUUGACCGCCUUUUACUUAGUGUCGGCCUAUAUUGCUCUGUUGUCUAUUGUAUGUUUAGUGCUUGCAUUUCUUGCACGGAAUCUCCCGGACAAUUUCAACGACGCCAAAUACAUCACCUUCAGCAUGCUGAUCUUUUGCGCUGUUUGGGUGACCUUUAUCCCAGCUUACGUAAGCUCCCCAGGAAAGUACACCGUGGCUGUUGAAGUGUUCGCUAUUUGGGCAUCGAGCUUCGGUGUCCUUCUGUGCAUUUUUGCACCAAAAUGUUACAUUAUACUAUUGAAACCGGAAAUUAAUACGAAGAAAAAUAUGAUGGAUAAAUCAACAAAUUCAAUA